AUGGCCAACCCACCACAGCGCACACAACAAGUGCCCCAACAUGUCACGGCACUCCUAUCCCAUCUCACCUCCCGCCCAGGGGUGCAAUCAACCCUGAUCCUUUCCCGCAAAGACGGCUCCAUCAUCCAGAGUACAGGGCAACUCGCCGCUCAAGAGAAUUCCCCUCGCACUACACCCCCUGUCCCAUCCACUCCCGAUCAGACCCCGACCGCACAACCCUCCGACUCGUCUCCGGCCUCCCCAACAUCCCCAAUACCAACCACGUAUCAGCCCUCGCAAGCAGAGGCGCUAGCCGCGCAUAUAUUCAACUUUGUCUCUAGCGCUUCUGCAUUAGGUGUCUCGCUAGCUCGACCUAUUACUACCCAGCCCACCGCCAAUGAGCAUUCUUCGAGUGGAUUGGAUACGGAGUACGGGAGCUAUGGGAACGGCACGGGCACGAACACGCCUGGGGAAGAAGAUCAGGAUGCGCAGGGGGAUCGGGAGGAGGAGGAUGAGGUCAAGUUGUUGCGCAUGCGGACGCGGAAACAUGAAAUUGUUGUCGUACCGGAUCGCAAGUAUCUCCUCUGCGUGGUGCAUGAUGCCGCGCAUGGAGGUGGUGGUCCUGGGGCGGCAGGUGCUCGUUCCUCGCGGUAG